ACAAUUGACAUUUAUUGUCAUAACUUGAAGGAUGAGGUUAUGAAGUUGAGCUGCUAAUCAUUUGUAUAUGCGAUCUCAAAGUUUAUUACAAAAUGUCUUGGAACUACCUUUUAAACGCGAAAAAAACUAAUACACCGGUAAUAGAAAUUUUGCGCUACGCUAGUAAAAAGACUGGAGGAAGUACAAAGAACACUAAUUGUAAAGUGAAACCCAAGCAUAGAGGUUGGAAAGUUCAGGAUGGUCAUUUUGUUCAGACUGGUCAUAUGCUGGCUACUCAGCUGACUUCUAGAUUCCACCCUGGUUUAAAUGUGGGUAUGGGUAGAAAUGGAACACUGUUUGCAAUCACACCUGGCAAGGUUGUGGUGACAUGUGAGAAGUUUGAACCGAAUUGGGAUCACACCUGGGUGAAAAGAAUCUAUGGUGGUCGUGAACAACAGACUAUAUUCAAGAAAUAUUUCAAUGUCAUACCAGAACCGCAGCAUAACAGAUUUAAAUUGGUAGAUGAAGUGUAAAAUAAUAUCUAGAUUUAUGUUUAGAGUUAGCUUGGAAUGUAAAAAGUAAUAAUAAUGUUUUAAUUUUU